UUUUUCUUCUGAGAUGAAUUCAACCUUACUGACACACUGAACUACAAUCACUGGAUUGCUUCUGGAAGGACGCUGAAUCGGGACACUUUCAGUCACCAUGCUGGGCAUUCACUUAGAAAAGAAAUGAAUUCUUUAAAUGAAACAUCACCUGAGACUAACCUUGGGGAUUAUGAUUAUAUUUUCGCCGAUGAGACUUAUAAACUCCUGACGUUCACCAUCGGAUCUAUCGGUGUCCUGGGCUUCUGUAAUAAUAUCAUCGUGAUUAUUCUCUACUACAGGUUCAAGAGACUCCGAACACCAACUAAUUUGUUAAUAGUGAAUAUAAGUGUCAGCGAUCUGCUGGUGUCAAUCACCGGAGUUAAUUUCACAUUCGUCUCGUGCGUGAAAAGAAGAUGGAUCUUUAAUUCUGCCACAUGUGUUUGGGAUGGAUUCAGCAACAGUUUAUUCGGGAUCGUGUCCAUCAUGACUCUCUCCGGUCUGGCGUAUGAGCGCUACAUCCGUGUGGUUCAUGCCAAGGUCAUUGACUUCCCCUGGGCUUGGAGGGCCAUCACGCACAUCUGGCUGUACUCUUUGGCCUGGACUGGAGCUCCUCUCCUGGGAUGGAACCGCUACACGCUGGAAGUCCAUCAGUUGGGCUGCUCCCUCGACUGGGCUUCCAAAGAUCCCAAUGAUGCUUCCUUCAUUCUCUUUUUCCUCCUCGGAUGCUUCUUCGUCCCUGUGGGUGUCAUGGCCUACUGUUAUGGAAACAUCUUGUACACUGUGAAAAUGCUGCGCUCUAUCCAGGAUCUGCAGACUGUUCAGACAAUAAAGAUUCUGCGAUAUGAGAAGAAAGUGGCGGUGAUGUUCUUAAUGAUGAUUUCCUGUUUCCUGGUGUGCUGGACACCCUAUGCUGUGGUCUCCAUGAUGGAGGCUUUUGGCAGGAAGAGUGUCAUCUCCCCCACGCUUGCUAUUAUUCCCUCUCUCUUCGCCAAAUCCAGCACUGCCUACAACCCCGUCAUCUACGCUUUCAUGAGCAGAAAGUUUCGCAGGUGCAUGUUACAGAUGCUGUGUUCUCGUCUGGCCACUCUGCAGCACAGCAUUAAGGACCGUCCCCUCGCCCGCAUCGAACGUCCUGUACGCCCUAUUGUGAUGUCACAUAGCCGUCCUGACCGGCCCAAAAAGAGAGUGACCUUCAACUCAUCCUCUAUCGUGUUUAUCAUUGCUAGCAAUGACACUCAUCCUCUGGAUAUUACCUCCAAAUGCAAUGAUGAACCAGAUAUCAAUGUAAUUCAAGUUCGACCGCUUUGACACUUGCCACUAGUGCCAUUGAAGAACGACGGUGGAGUUCAUUAACAUCACACUAAUUUCAUGUUUAUAAUAUACAAAGGAUACAGAAUCAUGUUAUUUAUACAUAACUAUGGAAAAAAGUAUUUUUUAAUUGUUGUAGCAGUAAUGAAACAUAAACAGACUUUUUUGUGUUCCCAAUCAAGAUUUGUGUGAAUUUUGUCAACUGUAAAUGCUGUAAGUAUUUGAUCAAUUGUGUUGCUUUUCCAUCUUUUCGGACACUGAAACUUCCAGCUUCACCCAGUUUCAUGGGAUGGUGAGAUAUCCGCAGCUUAGAUUGCUCUGUCCAUGAGCAGAAUACAUUAGUGAGUGUGCUCAGAUAGAUUAGCAGCACAAUGUUAGUACAAGGACGGGAUAUUUGUCAAAGACUGCAGCACUUUGUACACAACGUCAGUCAAGUCCACAGCGCCCCCUGGAGGAAGCACUGUGUGUGUCCUAUUUGACAAACAAGCCAAACAUCACUAUUUCUACUGCUCAAUAUUUAGAUUAGUGCUUUGAGCGAACCCCUAAAUAUCAAACUUGGUUGAGUUUACCUCAAAUUUCUUUGCUUCUUGAGAAGAGCUGUGUUUACACUUUUCUGUUAUAGAGAAUAUACUUAAGAUUGGCAAGGGUUUAGAGAUGUUCCUCACUGCAGAACACGAGAUCCAGGGGGCAAGCCUGGAAUCCAGAUCCAACUCAACCUGCACCUGACAUAUCCCUAAACCCACCCAUCUCCACCCCAUAGAUGUGGAUCCAGCCUUGCCCCCUGGAUCUGUGUUCUGCAGUGAGGGCCUACUGGAGGUGUAGCAAAGGUUUGAGUUUGCCAUUGGUGGGUAGAUGACGCAGACAACAGACAUUUAAUUGUUUGAUCAAAAUUAUCGUUACAAUUUAGAAGUUGUUGGAUUUUAGUAGUGACAUUCUUAAAUCCGAAGUUCCGAUCUGAAUCAAAUAAAGAUUCACGAUCACCAUCAUUUCAGAUAGGGACUUAAGAGUUUAAGGCUAGAAGGGAGACAGCUGUGGCUUCUGGGUAUGUACAUAUCAAUAUAGAUUAUUUUUUGUCGCACUGUACAACAUUUCCUAUUCUUGCAUUAUUGUAAAGGGUAGUUUAGGAUUGGGGUAGGUGUAGAUGUUAAUAAAACACAAUCUAAUAGGAAGAAAAUAAAAAUGUAUUAUUA